AAAUCACAGCUUGAUGUAAAGUCUCUGAGGUCAGCUCUUUUUCCACGGGCAGUUUCUAAUAAUUCCCGGAACAUCGAGAGCGUCUCACUCAGCAGAUCGCUGGAUGAACGCAGCGGUGCCGCAAUCAGCGAAAUCCCGCAUUCACCAUACAUUCACAUCCACACCGCCUCUGCUGCCUGACAUACGCUCAAGCUAUGUGCAUUUGUCUAGACAGCAACUGACAGCAUACGCUGACGCUUUCAACCACCGUGUUAAGAAUCGCUUAAAUCUCUCAAAGGUUUGAUCUUCUUUAAGCUCUAAUUCAUUUCGGAGAUCGUUUGGUUAGAAACCGAGCUUUCACACGAUGGUUCUGCUGCAUCGCCGCCGGAGAAAAGAGACGCUGGUUUGGCUAUUGCCGGGUCUGCUUGGAGUCUGCAUGGCAUUUGGCCCGAGCAAAGCAGAGGAGGAAGAUUACGAGGAUGUCCCCAUAAAUAAAACUUGGGUUUUAUCACCAAAGGUCUAUGAGAGUGACGUCACCCUUAUCCUAAACAAAUUACUGCAAGGUUAUGACAACAAACUAAGACCAGAUAUCGGAGUGAGACCGACUGUGAUUGAGACGGCAGUGUAUGUGAACAGCAUAGGUCCAGUAGAUCCCAUCAAUAUGGAGUACACCAUAGACAUCUUCUUUGCUCAGACGUGGUACGACAGCAGACUCAAAUUCAACAGCUCAAUGAAACUCCUCAUGCUCAACAGCAACAUGGUCGGAAAGAUCUGGAUCCCUGACACCUUUUUCCGCAACUCACGCAAAUCUGACGCCCACUGGAUCACGACACCCAAUCGCCUUCUGCGGCUCUGGAGCAAUGGAAGAGUGAUGUAUACUCUAAGGUUGACUAUUAAUGCGGAAUGCUACCUUAAGCUGCAUAACUUUCCCAUGGAUGAACAUUCGUGCCCUCUGGAGUUUUCAAGCUAUGGGUAUCCAAAGAAUGAGAUUCAGUAUAGAUGGCAGCGUCGUUCGGUUGAGGUUGCAGACCAGCGAUACUGGAGGCUUUACCAGUUUGCCUUUGUGGGUCUACGGAACACUUCAGAUGUAGCACACACUCAGUCUGGGGAAUAUGUGGUUAUGACCAUUUUCUUUGACCUGAGCCGAAGAAUGGGCUACUUCACCAUCCAGACUUACAUCCCCUGCAGCAUGAUUGUGGUUUUGUCCUGGGUCUCUUUCUGGAUUAACAAGGAUGCUGUGCCUGCCAGAACAUCUUUAGGUAUCACAACUGUGCUCACCAUGACAACCCUAAGCACCAUAUCGAGGAAGUCCUUGCCAAAGGUGUCGUAUGUGACAGCCAUGGAUCUGUUUGUGUCUGUCUGCUUCAUCUUCACCUUUGCUGCUCUUAUGGAAUAUGGGACCCUGCAUUAUUUCACAAGCAAUCGACAGAACAAGAAGACCAAAUCAAGCCAUGCACAGAAACCCAGCAUGGUUAACAUCAGACCAGGGACAUCUCUGCUGCAGAUGAACAAUAUUGCUCCCUACCACGAGGAUGACGAUUAUGCGUAUGAAUGUCUGGAUGGGAAAGACUGCACCAGUUUCUUCUGCUGCUUUGAUGACUGUCGCUCCGGAGCUUGGCGUGAGAACAGAAUGCAUGUCCACGUCUCCAAAAUCGACUCCUACUCCCGAAUAUUCUUCCCAACCGCCUUUGGCCUCUUCAACCUUGUCUACUGGAUUGGAUAUCUGUAUCUUUAAAGAUGUUGGGACUCGGUUCUAGUAAUAUUUGCAAAUCAUCUGUAAAUUCUCCAUCUGCUAAAUCUGGCAGCAUAAACCUUUGAGAGAAGGGGAUGUGUGAGGCUUGAUUUGGAUGUAUUAGUACUUCAUGUAUCUUUAAUUUGUACCUGGUAUUUAAUUUAUUGAAGGAUCUGAAUCUUGGAAGGACGAUUUCUGUGAUUCUGCAUUGAUGCCAACUGAAAAUUACCAGCGAUGUCAGUUUUUGAGAAAGCAAUGUUUGGUUUUUCAUCAGUUACACAGGCCAUAUCAAACCUUGCCUAGUUUAAAAUGAUCUCUUCAAAACACCAAACCACCUGCAUUUUUUGAACUGCAAUAUUAGCAUCAUGUUUGCAUCAUUAUUGCAACUAUGAUAAAGCUUCAGCUUAGUAUCUCUCUGGCUGAAGCAAAAUAUUAUUAUUUGCAAGGAAAAGUAGAUUGUAUUAUUAUAUUAGUCGCUUCUGAUACUAAUUUUCCAAGAUAUAAGCAAACAGCUAGCUACAUUUCAGAAAACGAACAUUUACAUAUUUAAUCUCUCAGAAUGUUUUUAUUUCAAACUUAAAAUAGCUCCAUUUCUGUAUGAAUUACCUGCAUUCAGUCAUGUACUAAACAAACCAAAGCAUAGAUACCUGAAGGUUACGUGAACAGAAUUUUGUUCAGCUCAAGAAAUACCCAGAAGCCAUUUACUUGGAAUUAGCCUAUAAUGAUACUGUGAAAUGUUCUUGACUUGAACUAAUAAGCUGUCUCUGCAAUAGAUGACACAAUGAAAUGCCAGUGUGCCCAAGAUAAAAGGGUUCACAUGUAAUUUUUUAUAUAUCAAACAAAGAGAAUAGAGCAGCCUUUACAAUUCACAAAUGUUCAGUGUCCUUUAGUACAAAUUAGAGUUCAUCACUCUCUUCCGUAUUCAAGACAGCAUUUUGUCUCUCCUCGCGAAUGGCUAGAUUUUUGUCAGUGUAAUUGCAUGACUCAUCUGUGCUCCUACGGCUAAUCAACCCAUAUUUGGAAACGGGUCUGAUGGACUUUCUUCAGCAGAAGAGCUCUAGACAGUCCCGUCGCACACAGUCUCAAAACGGAUGGAUGCCUUCUAUAUUGGUAAUCGUCUAAAUCAAAAGGCCAUUUAAUAUGUAUUAGCCUUACAUUAGGUUAAAUCUGAUCUCAGAAUCCUAUUCGAUUUGAGAAACAGAUGAACAGAGUGUGCGAGCAAGAGUGCCAUGUCUUGACCCGACUCUCUAAACAUCUGUACACCAAAUGUACAAGUGUUUUUCUCAAUCUCCUGUUGUGCUUUCGGCUGUUGCUUGUUUUAUUUCAUGCGUCCAUGUGGUUUGUCUUUUGCUGGGUGUUAUCUUGAUCAUAGACUGCUCUGUUGUCUUCCUUUCUGAACAUCUGUUAUGUAUUGUGUUGUGCCCUGUAGCUUAAUAUAUUCUGUACUUUUAUCUUUUUUAAUGACAGCCUCACAGUUUCAGACUCAUGCAACAACCAGAUGAUAGUACAAAUAAAAAUAUUCUUGACCUAAUCUGUUUAUAUGCAAAAAUAUAAAUGGAUUAUCUUUCGAUAUAUCUAUUAAACAUCAUCUGUUUCAGACCUUUAAUAAUACAGAUCAGUGACCUUCAUGUAUCUGUGUGAGCGUGUGCAUGUUUGUCUUUACGUAAGUGUGUAUUCAAAGCAGACUCCAUCCCUCACCAUACAUCUCUUCACUCUGCUCUCCACUCAUUCUAGGUGUUGUCAUCGUGUCCUCUGUAAGUGCAAACCUUCAUGCUUUUAACAUGUUCAUAUGUUUUUGUAGCUCUGAACACUGUGAGUAAUAAAACAGUGCCUGCAAAACAUUAAUAAAAUUCUACGCUCUCUCAAACUCUGUUGAUUU